UGUUUUUGAAAUAAAUUGCUCCUAUUAAAAAAAAAAAAAGAACACACCACCAUUCCCAUUUUACCAAAUUUCUAGAACCUGCCAAAAUCCAUAAAAAAAAGUCCAGAAAUUACAAUUUCAACGAGAGUGGAAGAAAUUAAUACACAAAAGAACCCUUUUAAUUUGUUUUCCUUUGUAUAUUUUCAUUGAUUUCCAACUUUUUUUCCCGCUCAAUUUCUGAUACCCAUUUCAAUUCGAAGGAGAAGGUAGUUGACGAACCCAGAAUCGUCAAUAGCAGGAUUGAGGAGUUUUGGGCGUAUGUUUUAGAGACUGGAGACACAGGAGAAGAAGAGAAUAAUCCAUGGAAGCCGGCGCAGGAAGAGGUUUGGAAUGCCAGAAGAUUAUGGAUGGGAAGGUGAAUGAGAAUGGUGUAGACAAAGAAAUCCCUUCUUGUUGCCUCAAGGCUAGAGCUUCUGUCCCUGAAUCUGAUGCCAAAUGCCAUUCAACUGUUGUUUCUGGGUGGUUUUCGGAACCUCGGUCGUCCUCUGAUAAAGCUGAGAAGCAGCUUUACUACAACAAUCCAAUGUGGCCGGGAGAAGCGCACUCGAUUAAAGUGGAGAAGAUUCUGUUCCAGGAUAAGUCAUUGUACCAAGAAGUCCUUGUCUUUGAGUCAUCAAACUAUGGGAAAGUGCUAGUUCUUGAUGGCAUUGUUCAGCUAACAGAGAAAGAUGAAUGUGCAUACCAGGAGAUGAUAGUACAUCUUCCCCUUUGUUCCAUUGAAUCCCCCCAAAAUGUUCUAGUAGUAGGUGGUGGUGAUGGUGGAGUUCUCCGAGAGAUUUCUCGCCAUUCUUCUGUGGAGCAUAUAGAUAUUUGUGAGAUUGAUCAAAUGGUUAUAGAUGUUUCAAAGAAAUAUUUUCCUGAAUUAGCUCUAGGGUUUGAAGACCCCCGUGUCAAUCUUCAUGUUGGUGAUGCGGUGGAGUUCCUGAGAAAAUCUCCAGAAGGGAAAUAUGAUGCCAUAGUUGUUGAUUCUUCAGAUCCUGUAGGUCCUGCCCAAGAACUGGUUGAGAAGCCCUUUUUUGAGACAUUGGCAAGAGCCAUGAGGCCUGGUGGUGUACUAUGUAACAUGGCAGAGAGUAUGUGGCUUCAUACUCAUCUUAUAGAGGAUAUGCUCUCGAUUUGUCGCGACAUUUUCAAGGGUUCUGUUCAUUAUGCAUGGACUAGUGUGCCUACCUAUCCAAGCGGUGUCAUUGGAUUCGUCCUUUGUUCAACAGAGGGCCCACCAGUUGAUUUUUUGAAUCCAAUCAACCCAAUUGAGAAGAUAGAAGGAGCAGUUAUGCACCGAAGAGAACUUAGAUUUUAUAACUCUGAGAUUCACACUGCUGCUUUUUCCAUCCCUCCAUUUCUGAAGCGAGCUGUCAGCUCUCUUCGCGAUUCUUCUACUUCUACAUCAACCAAGGGAAUUCGAGUUUCUUAAAACAGAACGUUGCAGUGGACAUCAAAGUAUUCCCAUGACAGGAUUCAAGUAUAUAUAACGUUGUGUUCUUUGAGUUACGAACUUACGAUAUGUUCAUGUUUCAAAAGAUCACAUACGAUACAUUAUUAGUAGCUAAUUAUUUUGGUUUCAAGAAAAUGAAAAUGGUUAGGUUCUGUCUGAUUGGAAUCUGUUGAUAAGAAGAAUAUUACUAUUAAUAUCAAUAAAAAGCUCGAUCCCUGGCAAUUGUUAAUUUCA